AUGAUCUUUGUACCGUACUGUAUGAGUACUUUGAACAGCGGUGCGAUCAGUAGAACAGUGUUUACUAUUUGUUUUGAUAUGAAUUUUGCUUUGUCAUUGUUGUUUCGCUUCCAAUCAUCGAAACUCUUCAUAGCUAAGGACUUUUCCAGACUGAAAUCUUGGAGAACAGAAUUUCAACAAGCCAUCGAGAAGAUAAAACAAUUGACGGAAGAACAAGAUAUAUCAACGAAACUGAAACUUUAUGGGCUUUACAAACAAGCAACAAUUGGUGACAUUGAGAGCAAACGUCUUGUAUUGCUAUCGUCUUCACAAGCAAAAUAUGAUGCUUGGAGAGAAUUUAAAGGGAAAUCAACGGAUGAAGCACAAAAGAUGUACAUUGAUUUAGUCAACAAGUUAUCUGCAAAAGAGACAGAAGUUUCGUCUUCAACAAUUUGCGGCCUGAAACCUGUACUGGGUCUUGAUAUCGCCAUUAAAGAUAAAAUUUUAUGGAUAAAGCUUAAUAGGCCAAGCAAAUGCAACGCUUUAACUUUAGAGAUGUAUGACGGUAUCACGAAUGCUUUGAAUUAUGCAAACGAAACUAACACCACAGUUACCGCGCUUAUUGGAUCAGGUCAGUAUUUCUGUAGUGGUAACGACUUGUCGAACUUCACCAAAUUCAGCGGUCCUGAAAGUACACCACGCAUGAUUUCUGAAGUAGGCCAAAUAUUGAGUUCUUACGUUGCCGCUUACGUUAAUCACAAGAAAACCUUGAUCGCACUAAUUAACGGUCCUGCAAUUGGCAUUGCUGUUACUGUGCUUCCUCUAUUUGACCUGGUUGUUGCUUCUAAUAUGGCAACAUUCAAUACACCAUUCACAUCACUUGGACAAUCUCCGGAAGGUUGUUCGUCGUACACAUUCCCAUUGAUAAUGGGGCAUAGCAAGGCAUCAGAAAUCUUAAUUUUUGGUAAAAAAUUGACUGCCCAAGAAGCGUUUGAGCGAAAUCUGGUAUGUCGCAUAGUGCCGUCAUUCCAUUUUCGAGAAGAGGCAGAAACUUAUGUAGGAAAGAUAUCGCAAUUACCACUUGAAUCAUUAUUCUAUAACAAGGAUUUACUUCGAAAUAUAUAUCGUGAGGCGCUUCUCGCACAAAAUGAACGUGAAGUUUUUUUGCUGAUGCAACGUUUACAAAGUGCGGAUUGUAGAAAUGCAAUACAACGAUUUAUGAUAAGAAAGAAGUGA